CUGUUAUCAAAAUGGCGACAGAAGAAGAAGGUGCAGAGAAAGAUUCUGACUGGAGUUUAACUGGAUUUCUCUUUGGAAAUAUUAACGAGAAAGGCGAACUAGAAGAUGAAUCAAUAUUAGAUGAGGUAGCUCGAGAUUUGUAAUUGAACAGUUUUUGCAAAGUUUAUAUAAAAGUAUUUUUAUUAUUAUUAUUAUUUACACUAUACAGUAUAAAAUUAUAAAUACACUAGUGAGUUUGUAAGUAUACUAUAAAACAAGCCACCCAGAAAACUUUAGUUUACUUAACUUCCAGUCACCUUCCAGUCACAAAUAUUAGUCCUUACUUCUACUAAAUAAACUAUUAUCUGGCUUUUCAAGGGUUAUAUUCAAUCAAAAUUGUAAAAUAUGAUAGAGGUGAAAAAUAAAAUGUUGUUGUUAGGGGCCACGUCCAUAUACAUGUUGCUACAAAUAAUGUUGAAUCAACAUUAUUUCUUCACUCACCCACCCACUCCCGAUAACGUCGAUCGAUAUUCAGUUGUAUAGUUGUAGCUAUAACCCCCACCAAACAAAAUGUCCACCCCUCAAAAAAUUUUUUCAACCCCCCCCAAUAUUCGGCAUAAUAAAAAAUAAUUAAAUAGUCCACUCCAAUGUGCAGAGUGUUGAUGAUACAAAAUAAACGUAGGAGUACACUCAAAUAGAAAAAGACAAUGCAAUACUCUGAAACUAAUCGCUUCUCGCUUGCAUUCACUGAUUUAUUGGAGCAAUUGUAAAGUUUUGAAACUCAAUUAUCUCCCCUGAAUAGAGUUUUCAGUGCCUUGUCAUGCAAAUAGCUUGCUUGCAAGGAACGUUUGGAAUUUUUACGAACAUUAUUUUUAGUUUUUAAUUCUUUUAGGAAAUAGACUUGCCUAGAUUUAAUCUUUACGCCCCAAAUAUUAUUUACAUUGGAGUUGCAUCAUAAAUUGUACUUGGAUUCAAACGAUACAAUGUCAAUGACUUUAUAAAAGUAAAAGCAUAUUGUGUAUUGGCCUAUUGGGUACUUUACACUUUUACAGGUUCAUUUAACUUUAACUCCCUCAAGUCUCAAUAGACAAUCGGAUAUGCCAAAUCCAUUGAUAUGACAACUUCAAAAAACUUUUUUUCCAGGGAUACUUUGUUUUCUGCCCUCUAGACUCCCCCUCGCUGCUCUAGUGCUCCACCCCUAGAAUAUAGACCUUACUGGGGUUUGGUGACACUUUGUGUUGCUUCAGUCACCUGCUCACGGCUCACCCCCCUAAAAUUUCUGGCACCACCCCAGUAAAAAAUAUGAAAAUCCAUCUAUGGUUGUAUUUUAUAUGAUACAAAAUCUGGAUUGUGAUGGUUACUUUGUCAAAUAUUAGGGAGAUUUAGAUCAAGGACGCGGACAUCAAAGACGACGUGAAAAUGGCGUCAAAAUGGCGUUGCAUAUCCAUACAUGGGCACAACACGCCAUUUUCACGUCGUCUUUGACGUCCGCGUCCUCGAUCUAAAUCUGCUUAAUAUUGUCAAAUUGCCACAAGAUAACAUCAAUAAGUUCACAUAAAAAGCCACCCACCCACUCAUAAGGUCGAUUCAACGUUAUUUGUGGCAACAUGAAUAUGGACGUGGCUCCUAACAAGUUCUGUUUUUAUACUGAAAGGAAUCUCGCCGACAUUUAUCUCGUUUGGAAAGUCUUGGUGGAUUAGGAAGCUUGGUUAAAGAUAUUUCCAGUCUAGAAGAAAGAUCUGAGAGAGUAAAUUUAUUGGAUAAAGUGGGAGGUUUGUUAUUGUCUUUUUACAGCAGUCAGCAAAGGUUACUUGACACUGGCAUGUAUAAAUUAUUAUCGCAAUUCGCAAGUAUAUAUAUAUAUAUAUAUAUAUAUAUAUAUAUAUAUAUAUAUAUAUAUAUAUAUAUAUAUAUAUAUAUAUAUAUAUAUAUAUAUAUAUAUAUUAUAUAUAUAUAUAUAUAUAUCAUUAUUACAUCAAGUGUAGCCUGCAAACCCAGAUGUCAUUUCCCACGCUCAUUCUUGGCUUGGAAAGUAACGUCUGUGAACCCGAGUAGGAAUUUGAUCUCUGUGAUGUAUGUCUAUUGUCUUAUGUGAAAAUAAGACAAAAACUGUCAAGGGGGCAGGGUGGGGAAUUUAGUGGGCAAGUUGUAAAAAGUGAAUCUGGUAUAGCAUAACUGGGACCUUAAUCACCUCUGCCAAGAUGUUAUGUUUUCAUCUGUGUUUGUAUGUGUCUGUCUGUUUGUCUGUCAGCAUGGUAACUUUUAGAAAUGUUAUAAUAUGAAAAUAAAUAUGUGGGGCUAAUUGGACAUUGCCCAAGGGCAAAUUAGCCUUUCUCACAAAGGCCAAAUUUGCCAUUUUUGGGAUACUUUUUUGAAAACGACAUGAAAAAUCUAGUAAGCAAUAUGAAAACAUUUUUUUUAAUAUUUAACUGUAAAAGUGUAAAUUAACUUAUAAUGAUUAUACUCACAAUUAUAAUACAAAUAUAUAGGGUUAACCUCUCAACUUUCCAUUAGGUCUAUGUGCAUGCAUGGCCUAAGAAUAAAUUUAUGUUAAAUUUAUAGUUAUACAAAUCCCGUAUUCACUGCGUUCAAUCUCAGAUUUGGAAAAGGCAGUAUCCAAAAAAUGGCUGUGUGAGAAAGGCUAAUUGAUUAAACUACGCCAAUUUGAAAUUUAUGUUUUACAUUAUGGCAAUUUAAAAAAGUUAAUGCCGACAGUGGACAUAAUGGACAUUUGUAUCUUGAAAUCCUGGUUAAUCAUUGUUUUACUCUGUCUAAUGCCAGACAAUUUUACUUGUAAAGGGGAGAGUGUUGCCACUCAAUGGGUAAAACAAGAAAUUUUAACAAUUCAAACAUGACUAUAUAUAUUGAAAUUGUCUUAAAUGAGAGGUUCUACCAAGUGUUCUUAUAUGUGGUACGUGUAUUACUUUCUCUGAAGACACAAAUGACUCCUUCCUAUGCACAAUGUAUUUUCUUUGAGCUAAUUUGCUCUGCCUAUUUGGCUAUUUUAUAUCUGCUUGCAUGUAUAUGUAUCUUAAUGUGACAUAAUUACAAUAUAUUACUGGGUAAUCUUAUAGGAGUCAAUUAUCCUUUCUCACGAAGGUCUAAAUCCGCCAUUUUUGGGCACUAUUUUAUAAACAACGUGAAAAAUCUAAGCGAUGUGAAAAUAAUUUUUCAAAUAUUUAAUUAACUGUAAGUCGAUUUAAAAUUAUUAUACUUACAACAGACUAUAGUGUUAUAGUCUAUAGAAAGGUUCAUUUUCACUGCUUCCUACCCCUGUUCUAAAAAGGUUGCCAUCCAAAAAUGGCGGCAUGAGAAAGGCUAAUUAGAUAUAUUACUUUUUAGUUGACAAUUGACCAGAGUUGUAUUACAAUGCAUAUAUUUACAGGUUCUGUUGCCAAAGCAUAUAAUGCUGCAGAUUUUAGUGAAAUAAAUGAAUUAGCUGAUGAUGAAGAGGCAAAUUAUAGAAGAGGGUUAAAAUUUCUUUCACAAGAGAGUAAAGGUAUAUAUAUUAUAUGUGUCCUUGUAGCAUAUUGGACAUUGUGGGUGACAAAGUAAUAAUUACCAACUAAAUUCUUUUUAGUUUCAUCAAGUUCCAGUAAAGAUGAAAAUUAUGAUGAUGAUUACGAUGACAGUAAAACAGGUAUUUAAUUUGAGAUUUUCAUUGCAGAGUGCUACAUUAUGUCACUGACCUCUAGCUUAAUACAGUAAAACAUACAUCCUUGCUGUAGAAAAGCUAAAAGGAAAAUGCUCCACAGACCUCACAAUAUAUUGAAGGUCAAUCUUCAAAAAUUGCAGCAAUUGCAUUAGUGUACUAAAGAUACUGCAAAAUUUAGACUUGAUACAUAUACUUUUCGAAGAGGCGUUUUCUGAUUUUCAUGUAUUAUCUUUAGAUAUUCACAAGGAUUCACUUACAAAAGCAGAGCAAGAUAGAUUGGCAAUGCCUCCACCAAUAAUGGAUAAUGGUGGAAUGAUAAAACAAGAUGGUAGGAAGAUGAAAACAUUUGUUUACAUGGAACAAUUUUCAUUAUAGUGUGCAUUAUAUGUAGUUACAAAAUACAAGUUCUUUAGAACUGAAAUGAUCUGAAUCAACUCACCCAAGGACCAUUUAUAAAGCAUGAACUUUCAUCUGCGGAGCAUUAAGCCAUUUAAGACUGUAUUUUUCAUAUUUGCGUAUAGUGUUUUUGCAUGGAAAAGUUUAAUUCCAGAAAGCAACCCUACCUCCCCCAUGGAGGAAAUUGAAAGUUAACCCCCUACCCCCUCAGAUAUCCUAAUACAAAACAAUUUCUUCUCCUUCCCACCCAGACAGGAGAAAUUUCCUCAAGCAACCUGCUUACAACUUGAGCUGUGCUGGGUGAAACUCGCGUACGUUGUUUACAAGUUUAUAGAUAGUACCAGACCAUUGUUAGUACCAAGCAUGCAGAAAAUUUGAUAUUUUUAAACACGAAAAUCCAAUCAUCUUGUAUUUAAAAUUUCAAAUGUUCCAUUGGUUCAUAAUGUUUGUGUAAAAUAAUUAUUGAGAAAAAAAUAUUGCAAGGUGCAAAAGAUUUCAAGCCCGAUAGGGGACUCGAACCCCUGGCCCUCAGAUUAAAAGUCUGAUGCUCUACCAACUGAGCUAACCGGGCUCGCAUAUCUGAUUGGAUAUAUAAUUCAAUAAUAAUUGGUCAUUAGAGAGUUUAAGCUUCGCGUUAUACCUGUAACGGCAAACGCCAGGCAAAGAAAAAUUUUACGGUAUCAGGAAAUAAUGAGAAAAUAAACUUGCUGUUUUAAAACUGAAAUACAUAAUUAUUCUUUCGACGCAAGAAAGAAAACAUGAAACGAAAACGUUCAACGAAAAUUUUGCCACGAAAUUUCGAUUCUGCCGUUUGCCGUUCCCGGAAACGUGAAGCCGUUAAACUCCCUAUUACUGGACAUUACUAACGUAACGGUGAAAAGCCCGUCAUGACUCAUGGCGUAUAUUAAGGAAACUGUGGGUAUUUUUAAUAUUGAAGUAUCAACCAAGCUAUACUGCAAAUAGUUUGCUGUCUAUACUGGAAAUAGUUUGUUGUGAUAAACAAACAAAAUCACGUUACAAGUUUAUAGUAUCAGACCAUUGUUCGUACUGGACAUACAGAAAAUUUGAAAACAGUAUCCAUGGGACCAAGAACUUUUCGGUUGCAUGGAUCGUUGGGACUGGUUACGAAUACUUAAGUAAAGUGAUUGAUCAUACGGGAAAUGUUCAGCAUGAACCAUGAUCUAUCAAUGUAAAUGUUGAAAAGCUGGCUGACCAUUAUUAGCGAAAGUCCACAGUUGCUCGGACAUUUGUCAGAUCCAAGCAAAAUUGUUAUACAGUAAUCCACACUGAGAACUAGUGUAAAAUAUUUUUGCCCGUUUUUUGUACGCAAAGCAAUGUCAGUUUACUUGCACUUCAAAAGUAUCAGUUUAAUGUGGGUCUCAAUGUCACGGGCUAACUGAAUUUUCCAAUUUCAUUAAAUUGCCGAGAUUUUUUCCUUCUGCGUACACAAAACGGAAUGCUGUCCUUUUUAGUUGUUUCAUAAGUAUAUUUCGCUGAUAAAGGAAACAAUCUCGUAUAUAUCUGCUCUCGAUAGCAAGAAUGUUUUUGACUCGGCCUUUUGUUCUGCGAAAGUAUUCCUGGACCAAUGGAUUUUUUUCGUGGAUUUGAAGAACUGUGGAAGAGGCCAACGAUGUAUUGUGUAUAUAAUGUAGAAGGUUUUUAGAACCACUGAGUAUUUUAACAAAAUACAAAACAAGUGUAACUGCAAAGUCGAUAAUAUUUUUAUUAUUUAUCAGCGUUUCAGUCAUCAUCGACUAUAUUUCGCCAUCAUCAGGAUAAAUCCUGAUAAAUUUCGAGUGGAUUUUUAAUACAUUAUAACAGGUUUUUUUUCAGGAUUUUCUCUUGGGUCCGUUUUUGCAGAGAAGAUUGAGUUUAGCUGAACAGUUGGGGUGGCUGCACCCCCCUUCAAUAAAUGUAGUUGAGACGCAAUGUGUUAAAGCAGGGGCACUAAAGCCCGUUCUCCACUAGGCGAAUUUAUUCGCGCGAACAGAUAAAAAGUAGGAAGCGAUCCUACUUUUUCGCCGCGAAUUUUUUCGCCGACCAAUCACGUUGCCGGAUUUCGGUUUUCGCUUCGCGUCGCGCGAACAAAUUCGCGUAGUGGAGAACGGACUUAAGGGACACUAUAAACUGGUUAAAGAUGACGAAUGCGUAGUUUUUCUUGUGUUGUGAGAUGAAUUCCAGCCAUUUUUCCUUAAUUUUCGGGUUUCCAACUGAAAACUAAUUUCCACACGUCACGAAUUUAACUCAAACAACUUUAUUUUUACUGCACCGAAACUUUGGUGAGAAGAUUGAGUUUCAAAACUCAAUUCAAGAUUGAGUUUUUGGGGCCUUUACGGCCCUAAAAAAUCCCUGGAAAAACCCCUGAUUUAUUAGAUCUAACCAGGAGCAGUUAAUGUUACAGCUAUGACCUCUCUCUGGCAGGAAUCAAUCUUGUGGCCCCUCGUUAGGUUUAAUAAAUGUAUAAAAUUUACACUCGAAAUUUCCAUCUACAAAACCUUCUACAAUUUGUCAUUUAGAGAGUAGAUGCCCAAAUUCCUGUAUAUAAUAUAGAUAUUUUUUCCAGGUGCAUCCGAUACUUCGUUUCUUCCUCAAACAUCAAAUGGUAAAACAGUUCUUGAUCUGUUUCCUGAGUUCCGACCUGGCAAAGUAUUGCGCUUUUCUCGUCUGUUUUGGCCAGCCAAGCCAUCAUCGUUACCUCAGUUAUGGCGGAAUGCUAAGAAAAGACGAAAGAAAAAGAAAAAGCAAGAAGAUCCUACGACUCCAGUAACACCUUCGUUUAAGAUUCAUGAUGAAUAUGAGUCUGAUGAUGAGGUAGAAAAUCUCACGGCCCGUUUUAUUGUCUGGGGACAGGAUGCUAUUGAGGGCUUCUUCCUGAGGAUGGCUCUUUUAUUAGGAAACGGAACAGGGUGGGAACGCUUUUUUUCUUGUGGGAAAUGUGCCCUUAACCGGUUGUUCCCCUCAAACGUCAACUUGUUUCAAUCUACACAUGUGCACAUCAAUGUAUAAUUUAGUCAAAACUAUCGUUGUAAAUAUCAUUGAUAGACUUUAAAGAUAACGCAAAACAGGGUGUCGCGGGCUUAUAUUUCGUUAUUUCAACCAAAUUUGGCUGCAGUAACGAUAGGAUCGGGAUGAAACUCAUUUCGAUGAUGAAAUUAUUGAUAAUGUAAGCGUUGUUAACGCGUUCAUGAUAAUGUAAGCGUUGUUAACGUUUGAUGAUAACGCAAAAUGACGGCAGCUAAUGAGCCAAUACAGUGAUGACUAUCAUUCUCCCUCACAGGACAGAUUAAUGAGACCGAUAGAAAACGAUGGCAAGUCAGAUAGAUCGUCACUGCAGUCACGUGAUGGUUUAGAUAAAGAAGAAGAGAAGAUGUGUGCAUGGCGGCAUGGCCCAGCAGCAUUGUGGUAUGAGAUGCUCGGGGUUAAUGAAGAUGGAACGAACUUGGAUUAUGGUUUUAAGUUGAAAGAACAGGUAUACAGUCAUUUUCGAUCCUUAUCACUAUUUCAUUACCACUACUUUUAAUAUCAACUAUGUUCUUGGGUUUCAUAUAACGUCACGUGGGAGUCAAGAGUCUGUGUCAAGGGUACACACGUAAAAGUCUCACAACUUGUCAAUAAGAUGUGUUCGCAACAGGCUUGUAGCAAGCUUGUCAACAAAUUGUUUAUCAAGUUGCUACAAGGUUGUCACUCACAACUUGUCGACAAGUUGUGGAAUUGCAGGACGAUAACAAGUUGUUAGAACAACUUGUAACAAGUCUGUUGAGCUCAACAACCUUGUAGCAAGUUGUCAACAAGCUGUUGACAACUUGUCAACAAGCUGGGAACAAGCAGUGCGAACACAUCCUGUUGACAAGUUGUUAGAACAGUAUUGCUACAAGUCUGCUGCAGGUUUGUUACAACUUGUGCGUUUUUACGUGUGUAAAGGACGUCUUUUAUAUUGUUUUAUAUUGGCUUUUACAAUAUUCGGAGAACUAAAUAUUUACAUAAGGUGGGUUGACAACCAUUUCGUUUCUUGGUUGUUUUAGUUGACCUCAGUUCAAUGAUUACUCCCCACCUGAGUCAAAUUAUGCUAAAAUAUCACGUGAUUUAACAGGGUUCGUAGCGGUCUUUGAAAUCCUUGAAAGUCUUUAAAUUUGAAUUCAGGUCUUUAAGGUCUUUGAAAAGUCUUUGAAUUGUGUGAAAAAGCGAAGAAAGUCUUUAAAAGUCUUUGAAUUCUUUAGUGAGUAUUUGCUUAUACGAUUUCCUAGCUGAUAAAAUAGAUUGAUUGAAUCAAGAUUUUCGCAAAUAUCGACGAAAAGGUGCAUUUUAACAUGUGAUUUGACGGGACUAAUUAAAAUGUUGCUUACAUUCGUAAUUUUUCGACAGUUGAUUGCUCUCAAAGAUCUUUGAAAAGUCUUUGAAAAUAGGCAGUACAAAGCUUUGAAAGUCUUAGAAUUUUUUUGGUCUUGGAGACUACGAACCCUGUUUAAACCCAUGAAUGGAAGGUACUGUAUGUCGACAUACACUGUUUACUGCUUCGCGGAAGGUGUGAAUAUGCGUUGCUGGUGCCAUACCCUCCCAUUAUUACAGUAUGAUGUAACCAAAGCAUUACGAUUUUUCCACGACUGAGAAACAUGACUAGGAAACAAAUUAACCAUGUUUGCUAUAGUUUGCCCAGGUUUAACAUAUCACUGUUUCAAUUUAAGAUUAAUAUUGAAGAAGAAAAGCCAAACACUGAUGAGAUUGAAGCAGAAAGAAAAUUUCCAUCAGAUGAUUGUUUUCAUUUGGUCGCUAUCAAGAGAUGGGAAGAUGAUAUCAUUUGGUCACCUGAAGAUGUUAAACUUAACCCGCUUUCUGAAGGCAUUGCAGGAUGGAUACCUUCAGCUAAUAUUAGAACGACGUUAGCUUACGCCAACCAGCGUACAGCAGGUUUGUUAUUUUAGACUAUUGCAAGGCCAAUUUUCCACCAGGUGAGUUUGUUCCCGCAUAGCGAACAACAAAUUUCUGCAACUUGGCCAGUCAUCGAAAACCCCCGAAAUGAUUAGAUUUACAAUUUUGAGAACUGUUACGACUUAUAUUUUAAUCGUUCAGUCUCUUAAACAUGAAAUGAUGUAUAUAUCUAUAAUCGUUUAUGUCUAGGCUUAUAUACAGUAAUUAUAUAGUAAUUUACAUAUUCAAAUUCUAACUAACAAUAUAACUCAUGCAUACUAUCGCACAACAAGAACUAGCUUAUGGUCCUUUUUACACGAAGGACAAAUGAAGAGUGGAUAAAAAACUAAUGUUUACACCAGACCGGGUAGAAAGUUUCAGUUUAGUUAUUUUAAAAUUCACAAUGAAGGCUGCUAAUAGUGUUGGCAGUUGUGUAUUUUCAGUAUUAUUACAAAAUUCAGACCCAUCCGAAAAAACUGUGUUCUCAUUCAUCCACUCCGAUCAAAUUCGUCCCAACUAGAUUGUUGUCAUUGUGGCUAAAGUGCGAUUUCAGACCAGUCUGGAUGAUUUUUCAAACUGGCACUAUUUAAACACAAACUUAGCUUAACUAAAUAGUUACCAUUCAUUUAUUUCAAAGCAGGCUCUAAGCUAUGUGGAUUGGAACAAAGUAUCAGUAAAACAAAAGCAGCCAUCAAAGCGAACCAUGCUGCAUUGGCAGAAAAUGUAAAAGAAAAUAAACCAUGGUAUUCUAUAUUUCCUGUUGAUAACCAAGAAUUAAUUUAUGGAAGAUGGGAGGACAAAAUUAUAUGGGAUUCAGAGGUGAGGUGAUUGCUUCAGUUUGUGUACUAAAGGUAUCAGUUUCUUUCUAGGGAACCAUGAAAGCAUCGCUUGAUAUUUAUAUAUACAGCUGCAAAUGGCACAUUGUCGACUUAACACUUCGACUAAUAUAGCAACCUGUUGACAAACACGUAAAUGUCACAGUUCCAUUAGCUCAACUGACUUGCAGAGCAUCAUCGGGCUUUAUAAAGUUGACAUAAUGUCGACAGUCGUGUUCGUAUACUGCACAUUGUCUCUUUUUAGGCCAUGCCAAACAUUCCCGAGCCAGAAAUCAUGGAACUGGAUCCCAAUGAUGAAAACUUGAUUCUUGGAAUUCCAGAAGAUGUUGUUGUAAAUGCUGGUAAAGAGCAAGAGCCAACACGAAGACGGGUAAGAUAGCUGCCUCCUCCGCAGGCUCCUCUAUAUAGAUCAAAUUUAAAUAUCGGUAAUAUAUAGAUCAGCGCCUGCACUGCAAGCCCGAUAAAGACGCACGCCUUUAGGCGCACGCCCGCAACUAAGGACGAGCGCGCAAAGGAAAAUGGGAAGACGAAAAAAACUCCUCCCCUUCCCAUCAUUCCGCGCGUCCCCAUUAAUUUCGUCUUUUCCUAAUUAAUUAUUUGAUAGCAAGCGACUGGGGACGAGGCAGGUAAGAUAGUGUUGUUUCCUGGGACGAGAGCUGGAUAACUUACUUGUUGAAUAAGUUAAUAAUGCAUCCAACAUAACUUAGUCUUCAUAACUUAAGUGAGUAACCAAAUAUAAUUACACCUCCUAAUCCUAUACAUGCUUAGUCCAUAAGACUUCAAGUACAGUGGUUAAAAAGAUGUCUCAGACAGUUGUUUUAUAUACUGCACUUUUCAACCGGUGGAGCGGAUUUCGUAUACAGUAUAGCCUGCGUAACGGCGCUAGGGAGGAUGAGAGAUAGAGAUCAGUGGGAAAACGGGAAGGGCGAAAAAUAAAAAAGCUCUGCCCUUUUCCCUUCGCUCUCGUUCUCUCGCCCUCCCUAGCGCCGCUACGGGCUACGUUCAGUACAACCGCAGUUCUCGUCAUUCUGUCUCAGAUGCUAUUGAUUGUAUUGAAUAACAGUGAACUCACAUAUGAAUGGUUACCACAUUGAUGCAAGUAUAGAUCAUACUCAAACUUGUUUAUUUUAUUGUAGUUAUUUAUGAUUGCAUAUAUUUAUCUAUUCAGGAACCCAAGAAUAAGUCAAAAUUAUUGCUUGGAAAAUCCAAAACGGAAGAUGAAGACGAGGUAUUGUUCGAAAUAACUAUCCAUUUGACUCUGAACGUUUUUUUGGAAAGGACUUUCACUAUAUAUGUAACGAUAUUGUACGGCGAAAAUAGUUGAGAAGUAGCAACUAUGAUUUUCUUAUUUCGCUUUUGCAAGAUAUUAAAGCUAAGUGAAAACUCUUUACUCGGGAGUUUUCCUGAGCUCGUAACGUCAUUAAUGAGACUAAAUUUUACUAACAUGAUUUUUUAGGGGAGGAGAUUUCAUAAUGAAACUCUUAAAGAUCCAUUCAAUAUAUCGAAUGAUAAAUAUUAUAAUCCUAAACACAGUAAGUUUGGAGUUUUUUUCUUGUUAUCUCUAUCAUGAAUACGUUACCACUUGUACUGUUUUACAACUAACUCACCAAGCUGUACUAACUCGAAAGCUUAUCAGAUGAAUAACGCAACCUAGCUCGGUCUCUUCUCGAGACGGACACUAAGUGGGGUGGGGCACGGAGGCAACUGCCCCCCCCCCCCCUAUAAUAUUUGAGAACCUUUGAAUGAUAGAAUUUUCAACAGACGCUUCUGUACUCAUUUUAUUAUGUGUCUGGCAGGUGGCGCCCAAAACUAAUGGUUAUAUGUAUUUUUAUUUGUUAUCGAUCGUCGUUCUCUAUUUGUUUAUUUUAGCCUCAGCUGAGAGUAGUCUGCAAGCUACAAUGGGUACAAACCGUAUACAGGUAUGCACGUUAUUGAAGUGUAAAACAGAAAUUGAUCCACUUGCUAUUUAUAAUCCUCUCAAAAGUUUAUGACCAAGUAAGUUUAUAAUUAAUAUACUUCGAAUUCUCAGCAUUCUACGCCGGCCAUGGAGUUACAACGUCCAUUCUUCCCUACAUUUAACUCGAAAGAAAGCUUAAGACAUUUCCACCGUCCUUUACUAAAGCGAGUCACCCAUGGAAAGUUGUCAGUUCCAGGUCCACAUCCGGUAUCUGGUCUGUUGAAACAUAUCAAGAAGAAAGCGAAGGUAAAACACAUUAUAGUUUAUAGUAAUGCACUGCAAUACUGCAUGAUGUAUAUAUAGAUGCAAGAAUGGGAACAAUAAUUUUUUUGUUUAAAAUUAUAAUACAUAAAACUGUUUUUACAUAAAACUGAUUACAGCAUCAAUACCCCCACGAUCCCACGCGCAGAAACCCAGGAAGGAGUUGAGAAGAUAGUCAAAGGUGUUUGGGCGUGAAUUACCCUUAUAGAGGGAAGGAGAAAAAGCGCUUCAAACGAUAAUAUUUCUUACUCAGUCUUAAAUUAUAACCGUUCCGUGUAGACAUCCUAUAGGUUACACGUUCACCUUUCCAGAAUAGGAGCAGGUGAAACAAAUACUCUGCCACUAUAUAGACUCCAACCUCUCGUACUCAGGGCUUCUGUGCUUGUGUAAGAAGCCCUGGGUACGAGGUUGUAUAAACUCUCAAGUAAACCGCCUGUAACCACCCACUUCACCUCCACCCACUUCACCUCCACCCUGACUCGUACCCAGUCGUCAAUGAAUAUGGAUCAGUGAACUAAGGAGUGUGAUGCAUUCCCACCAUGCACCAUAAUUUUUUCAAUCGUCCUUCAGGGACUGGGUCAGGUCUCCACUUCCAAGUUUUAUGUACACCCAUUUCUGUUAUGGUUUAUUAUAUAAUAGAGAGUAAGAUACUGAAAAAUACACAGUGAGAUAUUUUCCAUAUCUUCACUAGUAAAGAUAGCGAUCACGUGACAAUUUGCUUUCGAGUGCGAAAUUUCACAAUUUUUUGCUUGGGACUAUAUAAUAAACAGAACAUUACACGGUGGCUUGAAGAUAUCACUUGUAUCUUCUCGUGUUAAAAACAAUAUUUUACUCACUCGCUGCGCUCGUUCGUAAAAUAUUGUUUUCCACACUCGAAGAUAAAAGUCAUAUCUUCGCGCCGCCGUGUAAUAUCCUCUAUAUACUUCAUUUUGUUGAAUAUAUUUCAAUGAUUUUCAGGAGCGGCAAAAAGAACGUCUUGCCUCAGGUGGUGGAGAGGUGUUCUUUAUGCGUGACGUCACAGAUCUGACAGGCAUGGAUGGUGAUUUAAUAUUAGCUGAAUAUUGUGAAGAGUAUCCUCCAUUGAUCAUGGCUGUUGGGAUGAAUACGAGAAUUAUUGACUAUUAUAAAAGGGUAGGCUUUCACGUUCAUACUAUUAAUUAAAUCUCUUGAUCUGCACUUAGAGCGUGAAAUUUUGAGCGUCAUCAUUCUUCUACAUUAAAUCUCUAGUCGACACGUUGUUUACAGAGUCACAGACAUGUGUUUCUAAUGAUUACAUGCGUCGUAAUUCAAUCGCAUUAAUUCACUACACCUAUUUCUGGUGCCAUAUUCUUAUGAAAUUGAGAACCUUUUGAAACGCGUUUUAGAAACUUUUUACAAAUUCAAAUUUGAUUCAUGCACUUGAAUAUGUUUCGGCCGAUAUAGACAUGUAUAAUUUUGCUGCAAUGUUUCUUAUUUCACGGCAACUAGGUAUUAUCCUUUUGCAUCGACGCCAUCUUGCUUCAUUUUUAGAACACCCAAAAACUAUAAUAUUCUUUAUUACUGAUUGUAUAUCAAUGAACACGCAAAUCGGAAGAAAGUCAUAAUAAGGGUAGCUGUUACAGGCCAAGAAAAAAUAAAAUAACUGAACAAUUUCACUGCAACAGCCAAGAUAGACUCUGAAAUGAACCAAGAUGGCGCCCAUUGAGACUUAGUGACGUCCUGUACAAGCGAAAAUAGUGUCAAACAUGUUUCGCUUUCUCGUUGAAGUAUAUACAUGAUUGUAAUCCCUGAAGAAAUUGAAUUGAUAACUGAACUUUUCGACACUAGACUAUAUGUCAUAUUUUUAGAAACAUGGGAAAGAUGAAGGUGCACCUAAUUUUGAAUAUGGUGAAACACUUUAUAUUCAUCAAACAUCACCGUUCUUGGGACAACUCAAGCCUGGAGAAUCUUUACAGGUACAGUAGAAAGAUGGAAAUUUUCUAUGCAUUCUAUAACUUGGUUAUUAGAUAGCUUAAGAUCUACGAAGUCGACAUCAUCUAGGACGCCAGGGCAGAGCAAAGGACUGGACGUCGUCCUAAUUAAAUAAACAUCCACUCAAGAUUCACGACUUCGCCUUUUAAACUCUAAAUAUUUACAUCCUUUUGAAAACGAAUUUAAAAGAGACGUGCAUGUGGAUCCAUUACCGUUUGUUAUGCUCUUGUAUCCAAGACGGCCAAACUUGUUGUGAUCUACUUAUUUAAGGUGGCUCGAUAUAGUUAUCAAAAAUUCAGGUGUUCAACACUUUGAAAUGUUCAAACUAUGCAUUUUUAGAAUAUAUUCAGCAGAUAUUGGGUUUUUUAUAUAUUUCGAUAUCUCUACUUUCAAAUUAUAUUAGUUUUAGUAACAGAUAGUUCGUUGCUAUGACGACAUAUGUGUACAAAAUACACUCCAAAAUGGCCUUUCGUCUCGUAUAGUUGGAAAAGAAGCAUGGUGACCCCCAAUUUUUUUUCUUGCAUUAUUGUACUUGGACGAAAAGCUAACAAUUAGCAAAAUAUAAAAAAAUUCUGUAAUGCCAUUUUUUUGGAAAAUGCGAAAAUGUCAUAUUCUUCGGUAAAAUUUUUUUGGCAUUACAGAAUUUUUUUAUUUUUUGUAUAAUGAAAGUUUUUAGCGGUGAAAUACAGCAUGCAAAAUUUGAACAUAGGUCACCAGACAAAAUAAAGAGAUAUAGCGCAUUGUUUUUCUAAAAUGGAAAAUUCAAAUGACGUCAGCAAUUGACAUAAAACGCUAUAUAGAACACGCGAAAUGACGUGAGAUGGCGCAAGCAGCUGCUUAUGUCAGGUCAUUUUGGAAGUUCUGUCAUUUUGUUAAUCAGUUUCCGCGACCUGCGCGUAAAAAUGGUCACCCGGUUUUGAGUUCGCGAUUCUUGAGCAGGGUUUUCGUGAUAACUAUAUCGAGCCACCUUAAGCUUGGUUCACACGAGCGAUUUUGUUGGUGAUUUUAUCUUUCUGACGGACGUGAAUGAAUUAUAUAUUUCUAUAAGUCUUUUUUUGCAUUAGUUAAAUCACAUCCCCCAGGAGGAGAAAAAUCGCCGACAGAGUUGCUAGUGUGAACCAGGCUUUAGGACGACGUCCUAGAGCCAGUCCCCUGCUCAGCCCUGACGUCCUAGCUGACGUCGACGUCGUAGAUCUUAAGCUAUCUAAUAUCAAACGUCAAGAAGAUGUAGAAUGGUAGAAAUCUAUACAUGUGCUAUAAAGGCACAGUUUGAUAAAUAUUUUAUAGGGCUUUCAAAACAAGCCGGCGUCCGCCGUAGCUCCAUAUUUUGGUUAAAUAUUCCUGCAAUGAAGGCAGCCAUAUGUGUUCUAUAUUUUGUGUUACUAGCAUUGUUAUUUGUAACUUAAAAUACAAAAAUAUUUCUCUCACAGGCAUUGGAAAGCAAUUUGUAUCGUGCUCCUAUUUAUGAACAUGCGAUGCCCAGUUCAGAUUUUGUGAUCAUAAAAACAAACAACAGGUAACAUAACAACUGUAUUUAGUCUGAUUUCGGGGAGUGUGGAGACUUUCAGGGGUUGUGACAUUUUGCUAAACCAUCGUAACCUCAAUUAUAAGAUUUAUAAAUUAUGAAGAUUUUGGUAAUUGUACUGGUAGAUAAAUAACUUUUUUCUCUGGGUGCGUGAGAUUUGAAUCGUCCUCCAAUGAACCAACCAUUGGACCAUUUGCAUUAUAGACUAAAUUUUGAUCUAGACAAAAAUUUCAUCACAGCUUGAAAGAGCAUCACAAAAUUAGUAAUAUUCCAAAGUUUCGUUGCAAAAUGUUGUAAAAUGCGGAUAAUGUAGCCAUGCGAAGUUUGCCGUUUUUCAGUCAUUUUGUAUUACGCACUGGGAAUUGACAGCCCAAUCGGGUGUUGGGGCAUCAAUUUCCCGUUUGUAAUACAAAAUGAUUGAAGGUUGCAAAUUUCGCAAGGCUAUAUUAUCCGCAUUUUACAACAUUUCGCAACGAAACUUUGGAAUAUUACUAAUUUUGUGAUGCUCUUUCAAGCUGUGAUGAAAUUUUUGUCUAGAUCAAAAUUUGGUCUAUAAUGCAAAUGGUCCAUUAAAAGACAAUAACUAGUGUCUGGUAUUAUGUGUGUGUGGGAGCUGUAAUUAUCAUGUUUUGAUUUUCAGUUACUAUAUACGUGAAGUGAAAACAAUAUUUUGUGUUGGUCAAGAGUGUCCAAAGUUUGAAGUUCCAGGUCCGAACUCGAAGAAGGCAAACAACCAUGCACGAGAUUUUCUACAGGUCAGGAAGUUUCGCAUAUAUUGAAACCACUGUACUCCAUGUCUUUUUUCAUGGCAAAGUAAAAUAAAUUGAGUUCACUGAGUUCAACCUAUCGAAGAACAACAUUCUGAGACAUCCAUUUCGCUCCUCUUGUGAUAAUGACGUGGGAGUAGCUAUUUAUCAUAAUUCCCAAAUAGAAACCUCUUUGAGAGGCUAACUUGGAGCGAAUCUAUUUAUCUUCCUGCGUGUACAUGCAAUGAAUGUUACCACCUUUCCCAUCUAACGUCGUAGUAAUUUAUCACCAGCAUGUUUCUCCUUUCAGUUUCUUGUUUAAACCAACCUCGUUCCCAGGGCUUCACGGCUGUCUGCGAAGCCAUGGAUUGCGUUUAAAUCAGAUUGAUAUUUUUCGCGAAAAUCCAAUCAUCUUGUAUUUAAAAUCCAAAUGUUCCAUUGUUUCAUGAUAUUUGUGUAAAAUAAUUAUUGAAAAAAAAAUAUUGCAAGGUGCAAAAGAUUUCAAGCCCGAUAGGGGACUCGAACCCCUGGCCCUCAGAUUAAAAGUCUGAUGCUCUACCAGCUGAGCUAACCGGGCUCGCAUAUCUAAUGAGGGUUAAUAUAUCUUGUAAAUGGUUGUCGCUAUUUCGCCUAUUUGCUGGCAACUUUUAUUGUUGGAUGGCAGUUCUUAGAGAAUACACAGAUGACAUCAAAACCAUAUUGAAAUUCAAACGCCUGUUUACAGGAGAUCAUUAUGGGUUAGGAAUUCGCGCGGAACAGUGUAAGUGUGACUGAGUGCGAGUGUGGUCUAGUAAGGCCAGUUACACGUGGCUGGAUUGAAUAGAUUUGGGAAUUAUUUGAUUCGUAUUUGAUUUUCCCUCAUCGUUUGAAACCUUCGCAAAAACAUAAUUGAUUUUCCCGCAUCGUUUGAAACGUUCGCAAAAACAUAAUUCAGUUAUUUUUUAGUGGAAAAAUUAGCGCUCUGACUGGAGAAUUGGACAAUGUGCAAAUUUGAUGCUGUUUAAAUCGCCGCGGUAAUAAUUUCAAAUUUCAAAAAAGCCCAGUUUAUAAGGGAUUCGAAACCCUUGCCCUCAGAUUAAAAGUCUAUUGUUCCACAAGCUGAUCUAACCGGACUCGCAUAACUCAUGGCGUAUAUUAAGGAAACCGUGGGUGUUUUUAAAUUGAAGUGUCAACUAUAGCUAUAGCUAUGCUGGAAAUGCGAGGGGCCUUCGCUUGUCGAAAUUCUCCUUAUGUAUAUUCAGGUAGUGCAUCCCCACCAAGGAAAGCGUGUUAAUAUACUGCAAAUACUAGAUUAAACUGCCAAAUCAUGUCUUUAAACUGAGCUUUUAUUUUCAGGUAUUUAUCUACAGAUUAUUUUGGAAAAGUCCUGAUAAUCCUAGACGUAUCAAAAUGGAUGAUAUUAAGAGAGCAUUUCCUCAUCAUUCUGAAAGCAGUAUCAGAAAACGUCUCAAAUUAUGUGCUGAUUUUAAAAGAACUGGUAAUGUCUUUAAUUGUGUUCACAGUAAUUAUAAUCUUACAAAUAUGGGUGGUUCAGUAGAAAUAUGCCCAGAAGCUGCUAUUAGAUCAGAAAACUGAUCAAUGUGCGGAGUCUAAUUAACUACGAUUGCAAGAAAUUGAAUAAUGAAUUUCCAUCCGGUUGGAACUUAGUCAACAAAUUUUCCGAGAAAACAUCAACCAAAAGUCUGUCGCGACGUUUUCCUCUGUCUUCUAUAAAACGUUUAUGGAAUAAAUGCAAAUGGAUACGAGGAUAGGAAAAGAUAGAGAGUAACCCAAUGUCUUCUGUGUGUAGGUGUUGAUUGUAAUUGGUGGGUUCUUAAGAAUGAUUUUCGUCUACCAUCUGAAGAUGAAAUGAGAGCUUUAGUCACUCCAGAACAGUGUUGUGGUUAUCUCAGUAUGCAAGCGGCGGAACAGAGAUUGAAGGUGGGCAGGCUUCUUUUAUAUAUAUUUUUUUAUUAUUAUUAUCUUUGUUAGGGUCAGUUAAAUUACAUUUACAAUCUGAAUAUGAAAAUAUUUAAACAUAACAAAAACUUAAACAAAAUAAGAACCCUAAAUGGGCAAGGUAAAAACAAGACUCGAAGAACCAUGUAAGUAUGCCCAAACUAAAUUCUAUAUUUUAACUAUAGAUUCAUGUCUCGCUGUUUAUGGGUUCCCUAUCCGUUUACGGGUUCCCUAUCCCUAAACAGCGAGACAUGAAUUUAAAACAUUCUAGUACCUUUACGGACGUUUCCCUAUGUCUGAGCAAGCGAGAGAGCUUCAAAGGGCGAACACACGGUCAGCGGGAGAAAUGUGGGAAAUUUUCCUUCAGCCCGGAUGUUCGCCCCUUAAUCCUCUCGCUCACUUGGAGAAGCUGUGGAGAAGGUUGGGCAUUCCUUAUUUUUUCAUUUGUAGUGUAGGCUUGGUAACGCAGUUGCAAGCUAAAUACAACUUUGAUUAAAAUUGGUGAGACAUGAAAGUCUCAAAGUCAGUUAAUUUUACAAAUGACUUACUCAACCUUGACUCCAGGCUUAGAGGAGAAAGCCUGGGAACGAGGUUGUUGCUGACUUGGUAUACGUCACGUUGUAUGCAGUCUUCGUGUAUUAGGCGUUCAAUGUCAGUGGUGGGCUUCUAAAUCGGUUGUGUCAUUAAUUAAUUUACUAUUUUCAGGAUGCAGGUUAUGGUGAGAAGAACAUGUGUGCAAGUGACGAUGAUAAUGAAGAAGAAAAUCAAAAGAUAGAUGACGAGGUAAGUAAAAAUCUGAACAGCAUCUGAGGAAUUUCAAAAGUAUAGUCAAAACAUUUGAUGGCAAUUCCAUAUAUCUUGUAUGAGUUAUCUUUCGAGUACCAUUUAAAUAUCUGCCCGAUUACAAAAACCAUCCUUUAUCUCCUCAAUAGUUUUGGCGAAUGAUUAAAUUAUUACUACCUGGAACUGAUCUUACAAAUACAUAUUUUAUUAUCCAGUUCGGUUACAUUUAUGCCCAAUACGUAUGUAAUAUGUCCAUGCAUUGCAGUGAUGAAAUGUCUAGUGGUGAUAUGUAUGUCUUUCUGUGCAUCGGACUACAGAAAUGUCCAAUAUACACCUAAUAGUGUGCCUGAGGUAAUUUCAUUUCGAGACCUCAUAUGGAUAUGGGAUUCCUGAAUAUGGUCAGUAGAAAGUGUCCAUUCGAUGGACGUUCUGUUAGAUCAAGUGAUGCCAUUUUCUCACACACUAAUCCACAUAGGGUAACUUUCUCACAUAGACCAUUGCUGUACGUUUUGACAAACAUUUGUGUUGUAAAUACAUAGUUAUAUGGUUAAACACAGACUGAGAUAUUUUCAGUUCAUUUAUUAUUACAUAAUUUAUAUUUAGGUUCGAACUGCACCAUGGAAUACAACACGUGCAUUUAUAUCUGCAAUGCGAGGCAAGUGUCAACUAGCGGUCAGCGGUCCUGCUGAUCCAACCGGAUGUGGUGAAGGAUUUUCAUACGUGAGAGUUCCAAAUAAACCAAUUGCAUCAAAGGUAACCCUAGCUGGUAGACAUAACUCACAUUCCCUAAUUCACAUUUCAUACCUUUUAGCCAAGCGAUAUACUGAACUUUAACUGUUCUAAUUAUACGUUCUCGGAAUAUGAGUCCGUGAUGUGCGAUAUUUUACCAGGACAAUAAAAACAUGACGGUUUAGAAUAUAUCCUUCCGGAAAUGCAUCAUCUUGGCUAUAGAGCCUCGUUUUCGUUAUUGGCUGACAACCUAGCAUAUUACAUGCAAAGACUCUAAAGUCAAGGUCUGAAACACGAAAGCGAGACUCUAAAUUGAUCAUUUUCAGCAUUAGUGUAAUCCAAGCAAUGAGAAAAGAAAAGUUUAACAAAUCCUGAGUGUGUCGUGCGCUGGUGCAGGGCUUUCAGAGUCCGUAAUUAAGAAACCAUGAGUAGCUUCUUACGAUUCCUGGUUAUUGGAUAAAGUGAAAAAUGCAACACGAAUUUAAUAAUGCAUGCAUAUACAGACAUUAUAUUUUAAAGAAAGAAACCGGUGAUAAAGCUCGCGUGCCACUUGCCAGAGCUCCAGCGGCCAACGGCUAUUUCUGAAAGUAACUCGAACGGUCUGUGCCAGCAUAGGGCUCAAAACGUCCAAGUUUUACUUGAAUUUUUCAUGGAGUUGAAUCAUUCCGCAGCUUUUUGGUAUUUGUGAAAGCUCUGUUGGUGAAUCCAACAUGUUUAAAGGCCCGUUUACAUUUGUAAUCUUUAACGCGUUUUCUAGUGCGAUUUUCCUCUUCUGAUGGAUGUGAACGAGUAAAUAAGUUGUGAAUGUUCAGAGUAUAUGAACCCUCAUUUAAACGUUCUCAACUUAUCCACUCGUUCACAUACAUCAGGAGAAGAAAAUCGCACCUAAAAUUGCAGCAGAAAUUGCAAGUAUAAACGGGCCUUAAGAAUCCGUUAGCAAGUGAAAUGAUCAGUUCCUGUUUCGUGUCAAGGAUGAAAACAGUGCUCAGAGUGCGUCAGUAAGGAAACAAAAGACUGUGACAGGAACUGACGCAGAUUUACGACGUUUGUCGUUGAAAGACGCCAGGAAAGUUCUCAGAAACUUUGGAAUACCUGAAGAAGAGGUGGGCUUUAGUUUAUUUUAUUCUUGUAAUCGUCAUAUUUGUCGGUUCAUAUAACAAUUUUUUAUGGUAUAUGGUUUAUGGCAAUUAAAAUUAAUGAUUAUAACAUUUGCCAAAAGCGAUAGUUUAGAAAUCUCUUAUGAGUAAUGAGAUUAGAAGAGUGUUAUGAUCAGAGCCGUGCCGAGCGCUAUCUGGUUGGGGGGGGGGGGAUUAAAAAAUUUGGGGCCCUUCCUUUCGGGGGCACCCUUCAAAAAAACUUUUCUGGAAAGCAAAAUUUUUCCGUAAAAUGUUGGUGGAGGGGGGAGGUCGACGUUGUUUUCCGAAAACAAAACGUUCCAAAUUUUUUUUCCAAAUGGAUAAUGGGAGUUUAAAAAUACUUUUUCAAACCUUUUUCGACCUCAAUUUUUCAAAAAAUUUAUUAUUUAACACGUUCGGCAAUUCCAGCAUUCCUCUGGGCAAGUUGGGCCCCCUUUCUAUAUGUAUUAUAGCGGAUUGUGCAUUAUAUUGGUUUACCAUUUUUGUCACGUUUUUGCAGAUAAAGAAGUUAUCGAGAUGGGAAGUUAUUGAUGUUGUAAGAACACGAUCGACUCAAGCUGCAAAAUCAGGAGAAGAACGUUAGUAUUUUAUUUUGAUGAGGUUAUUUGUAUAGAUAAUAGUAUGGUUUCGAGUGCAAUUUGGAAAAAACGUGCACGAGUGAGUUUUUCGAAUUUAGACUAUCAAAAUUGCACGAGUCCGAAGGACGAGUGCAAUUUGAAGUCUUUGAAAAACUCACGAGCGUAUGUUUUUUUCAAAUUGCACAAGAAACCAUACCUAUUACUUAUUAAUAAUAUACAUGAAAAAAUUAUACACUCACGUACGUAAGUCACAUCUAGAAAUUAAGAAAAUUAAGAAAUUUGAAAAAUAACAAAUUAAGAAAAUUAAGAAAUUUGCACUCUAUUUCAUUUUUUGGCAAAUUGCAUUGUUCUUAGCCAAUCAGCAUUGAGAGAUUUUUCAUGCAUAUUAUUAGUUGUAGAAGUAAUACUGCAUGCAUGGGAAUAUGGGAUCUCUCUCCCCACUAAGGUUUCUCACGCCUUUAUAAGUUAGAGUUAUAAACCGAGUAGGAGGUUUAUAACUGAUAUAUUGCCCCCGAAGACGCGUAGCGUCCGAGGGCAAUAUAUCAGUUAUAAACCGACUUUCGAGGUUUAUAACUAACUUAUAUCAUAUUUGUGGAGGUUUUCUAACAUAUUUUGUCAUUUUCAAAAAAUUUUAAUGAAAAAUUCUCGCGUUUUGUCUACAAGUUUAAUCUAAUCAUUUAUUCAAGGCCUAUAAGCUAGUUAUAAACCUCGGACGAACAAAGAAAACCGACACAAAUGUGAUAUAAGAAGUAGUAAUUACUUACUGGAUGCGUUACUCGCAUACUUACGUUCCCGAGGCAUUCCUGUUAUUAUCAUACUUACAUUUUGUUGAUACCAUUUGUCCAGCCAACUUUCCAAAGUAUUCAAUACUGUAAUUAAGUUGGUAUAUAUGUAUAACUCUGACAUAUCUUGGUAUGAUACGUGCAUGAUUAGACUAAUGGGAUCAAGGAAUGUUGGAGUGAACGGCAUGUGUUUGUGCUUGUUCUAACUCGUAGUUACUGAAUGAAUAUACCUUUUAAAAAACCAUGAUUUACAGUAUGUACUUUAUGUUACACCUCAAGUCUUAAGUUUGUAGCAGUUCAAGUACGCAGCAAUAAUCAUUGGAAUACCGCAGUCGGGUCCAACUAAAAAUGAUUUAUUAGAACCAGGAGCAGCUGUGAAAAAUGCAACUAUACGUCCUCUGGCAGGAAUUGAACCUGCGGCCCUGCGAUUCCGGUGCAUCGCUCUAACCAACUGAGCUACACAUGCCAGUUGUCGAACUUUAACCACAAGUUCAUGUAUAAGUAUACUGGGAUACUUCCAUUUUAAGGUAUGGGUAAAUAUCAACAUUUUGUUGGCAUUUCACUCGAUUCAAUAAUAAUAGUUGAUUGGUUUUGUGGAUGGAAAUUAUGGAGGGAGUGUAAAUUUUAAAUCCACAAAUUUUAUCUCCAGGAACAAAAACACUUCAUUUUGUUUCUGUUAAUUAUCGUUGUUUACUUCACAAGGUAUGAGCAAGUUUGCCAGAGGAUCACGGUUUUCUAUUGCUGAACAUCAAGAAAGAUAUAAAGAAGAGUGUCAGAGGAUAUUUGAACUACAGAACGGGUAAACAAAAUUUUGUGAAUGAAUAUUAAGAUUUUGAGCAUCUCAGUCGAUAUAACUAAUUGUUGAAGAGAUUUGUAUAGAUGGAAAUUUUCGAGUGGAAUUUUGAUACAUUUAUUAGCCCUGACCAGGAGCAGUUGUGGAAAAUGCAACUAUCAGUCCUCUGGCAGGAAUCAAACCUGCUGCCCUCCGGUGCAGUGCUCUAACCAACUGAGCUACAGAGAGACAUUUGUCGAGCUUUAACCACAAGUGUAAAUACUAAGGUGAUUUUAAUGUACAAUCACUGCGCCUGGCUUUUGCGAAUGAUACCGUCCGUGUGAUAUGAUUCUUCUUUGACGGAUGAUUUGUCUCUAGUAUAAUAUUGGGCCGUUCUUAGCAAUGUGAUGAAAUUGCAGUAUCAAUUUAUAUUGUUCAUUUAGGGUGUUAUCCUCGACUGAAGUUUUGUCAACUGACGAAGAAAGCAGUAGUGAUGAAGACAGUGAUUAUGAUGAGUUAGGAAAGAAUCUGGAGAGCAUGUUAUCUAAUAAAAAAUCAUCUUCUCAGGUAUUUCAUGACUUUCCUCACCUAUAUGUUGCUGAGUACUGUUAUUUUCUGCAAAUUCUCGUGUUUGGCAUUUUUGCUGAAAAGUUAUACUGUAGAAUCUGUUAAGAACAGGAAGUCACUACCGUGUUGGUGGUUUGAUAUGUGAUAAAAAUCAUGUUCAUUUACAUAAACGUUUAUAUACUGUAGAGCUCUGAUUUUCUUGGACAACCAUAGACAACGUUGAUUUUUAAAAUUACUCCGCCAAUGAACUCAUAAUAUCUUAUGUUUUCACUCGCAGUCCUUGCUUUAUCAGAUACAAGAGACUCGGCUGUCGCCUCGUGUUUUAUAAAGCACCCUUGUUUUAAAUAGUACAUGAAUUACAAGAAAAGAAAACAACAUUUUCCCAAAAUUAAAAAGAAGAUAAAAUAUAGGGGGUGGAUGUCAAUUGGGGGAUGUCAAUAGACAACUUGCAUGUUGGACUAAUUUUUGAUUUGGGCAAAAAAAGUAAAUUCCCGUAUUAAAAAGAACUUAUUAAAAUCAGUAAAAUUGCAAAAUUUGGUUACGAAAUGUUGUAAAAUACAGAAAAUAUAGCCUUGCGAAGUUUGCAUAUUUUCAGUAUAUAUGUUUGUAUCACGUGCGGAAAUUGUUACCAUUUUUGAGCCGAAAAUGGUAACAAUUUCUGCACGUAAUACAAAUAUACUGAAAAUAUGCAAACUUCACAAGGCUAUAUUUUCUGCAUUUUACAAAAUUUCGCAACCAAAUUUUGAAAUUUUACUAAUUUCAUUAUUUUCUUUUUAACUGUUGUGUUUUAUUCCCUUCUCUUUACUUAGAUUAAAAUUUAGUCCAUAAACAUGCAAGUUGUCCAUUGAGACUCACAGUUCUGUUUCUUUAAAUAAAUAAUAAAAUAUUUAUUUUUUAUUCUAGUUAACUCACGAACAAGAAGAAGUUGAAAGACUGGAACUUCAACGACUGUUUGCAAAUGAAGACAGUAAAGAUAAUGUUAGUUUCUUUACAUUGUCUAAAUUUAUAGAUUCGCAAUUAAAUCUAAAUGAGAAUUAUAUUAGUUCUUCCUGUGAUAUUUUUGCUAAGUGUAGUUUAUUUUCCACGAUUUGUACUAUUAGUAAUUGUUUUCUCAUUUUAUAGAGUGAUUCAAAAGGAUCUUCAGGUACGUUUUUUCUUUUGUGUCAUUUAAAACCAAGGUGAAUAAAGCCGGCAAAAGAGUAUAUCCCUAUAAUAUCAUAGUCUAUCAAGAGGUAUACCUCCCGACAUUUUGGUCUGCCUGCUUUUAAUCCAUAGACGUAUUUUCAGAUUUUGCUCUGGACGUGUCGAAAAUCCAGGGGAAAGCGAGCGAGGGGACACGUAACGCCGCCGAUCAGGGUCUGGGGCACAAUCUCUAGUGCAUGGGGACAGGGUUGCGGGUUGGGGGGGGGGGGGGGGGGAAGCCCCCAGAAAAAAUGAAAUUUUGAGAUUUUUGGUUUCAUUUAGUUCAAAAUCCCUGUUUUUAGUUCUAUUCAGUUCAAAAUCCUUAAUUUAAUCAUACUACUGCCAUUUAAUUCAACGAGCAUUUAAAUUUCUGAGGGGGUGCAGAUUUCUCUAGGUGGGGUGGGAAAACGUUCUGGGGAGGGGGUUGCAAAAUGAUUUUUUUGCGGUGGAAGUGCACCCCCAGAAAAUCCUUUAAUCUGUCUGUCUCUUUGCAUGUCCGCAGCACGCAGGAUAGUCCUCAAGGGACAAGUGAAAAUGCCUUCUGUGUGUCUAGCAUGACAGUUUAAUGAACGUUCUUGGCGUGUCCACGCUAAAACGGAAUAUUUAAAAAAGAGUAUAGGUUACCGAGGUGCCAACAAUUUACCAGUUGAAAUUAGAAACUCUGAGAGCUUGGCAAGUUUCAUUCUACGUGUAACCAGCUAAAUAGAAUUUCAAUUCUAAUACACUUUCUAGUUCUGUAAUUUCAAUUUAUAUGCAAUCAAUUUACAUUGAUCGUUUAACUAAAUAACGUAGUUUUGCUGUGCACCGAGACUUAUUUCAAUCAAUACAUCAAAAUAAUCCCGCCUCGCAUUUCGUCCCGGCAAAAUGGGAUCAUGUAACCAGCCCGGAUAAGAAACACUUUCAAACCUAAAAUCCUAUAGCUAAGAUCGUGCGUGACUCCCAAUGGUUGCUCGCACCCCCGUGGGCGAAGCGUAUUUUGGAAAGCGUCCACUAUAAGAUCUAUAUGGCGUAAUCGCACGUUUUUGGAGAAUGAUAUUAGAGACCUUAUGAUUUUAGGACGGCAACGCGACGGCAACGGCUACCAAUACAAUAGAUCAUUGAAAAUAAUUGAGCAAUUACAAUAUAUGAAUAAUUUAGACAUUGUCCUCGAUCUGUUUACAACGCUAAAUCACAGAUUUUCACGUCUUGAUACAACGGCUGCAUUCUAAGCCGCAACAAGUGCAAUUUCAAACUGGGUUUAGCAGAGCUCUUCCCAACCAUAAAACCCAUGUCUUCAACUUCUAAAACUGUAUUAAAUUCAUACGAUUGAUAAUAUACCACGAACUAUCUUUACUACCAGUUAUUUGAAGCAGUUUGUUUUGGCCGUCGCGGUCGCGUUGCCGUCCUAAAAUCGUAAGGUUUCUAAUCAUCUUUCAAUACGUAUACCGAUAACAAUCUUUGGCUGUAGUGUUCUAGAGUUCAGGAGAGUUCGUUUGUUCAACAGAAGAUUGCAACUGACUGAGCUGGGGAAAUUUUCGAGGAUCUGUUUCAGGGUAGCGGCACUUAAACAAAAUUUGCUGUAUUUGCAAUUUCGCAUACUCUCUAUUGCGUUCAUCUUUAAUGCUGGUUAAGCUGUGUCCAACCAAUUCUCCAAACAACAUUUCGGGAUUCUUUCCUUUACAAUACUCCAUACUUUUCAUAAUAACCUCAUUUUCAUGUGUUGGUUUCCAUAGUCGUUUUGAUUUCGUUACUGGUCCCUGAUUGUUCACAUUGCAAGUAUAUUCAAACUCGGAUUGCUCGCCAUCAGCAUCGGGUGUUUCCUCCAUAUUGAGUUUUCGUUUAGGCAAAGUAGCCAUAGUCUCUCUGGGUUGAAAAUGAUUGUUCAAAAACAUCAGUUGAUCAUAAUACUGCCAGGAAGGUGUGUUUUCUUCAAUAGCUCCGAGGUCAUUUCUUUUCUUCCAAAGUGUUCUAUGGUAUGUCCUCAGACCAUUCAUUUUCUUCUUUAAAUCUCCAACUGUAUAGAAAAUGUACAAGUUACUAAUUGCUCCUUCAAAACAAUACACGCAACGCAAGCUAUGACGAUUGAUCAGAUCGCGUGCUGGGCACAGAGAAUAUUUCCCGCCUAAGCAACUCAAAAGAACACUUCAUUGUCAGCAUAAGUAAGUUUACAAGUCCCCAAGAAUAUAUUGUACGAAUUAUCAUAAAUUACUAAAAGUGCUUUUCUCAUGCAGUUAUAUUUUGAGAUAUAAUAUUUUCUGUUCUCGAGAAUUCGUCAUGUUUCUAUAUAUUGCAUGUCAGUGAUGAAUUGAGUCACAGUGCCAGUGCCUGGAGGGCCUGGAGACAUUGAGUAUUCCUUGACCCUAUAGUUUUUUAAUGCAUUUCAGUCUUUUCUCGUGUUGAAUCCUAACUGGGAAACCCUGUGAAACUUCUGAAACCAAAAGUAUUCUCGUAUAUAGAAUUGCAUGGAAAAAUUAUUUGCUUUUUUGCUGCUACCUUUUCAUGGCUUGAGAUAUUAUCUUCUAAUGUAUAGGUUUGUUCGAAUCAUGGCUGAUGUUUACAAUAUCAAGAAAAUUGCCUGACCUUGUGUUGCUGAACUCGGCAUAUAUAGUGUUAUCGUGAUAACGUCACGGUAUAUAAUUACAUGUAUACUACAAAACCAUCCGAAGUCAAAAGAAAAUAUUGACAAUUGUAAUGAAAUUUUGCCUGACAGCAUAUGCUUUAGAAACGUAAGUCGUAAGUGGCAGAUCAUGAAGGGGAACUACUUUGUUUUACACACAAAAGGUUGUAUACUUUGUCGCCAAAUUGAUGACGCAAUCAGUGCUUUUGAUGAAUUUUUAGGAUUCUAAAAGGAGUAUAGUCAGAAAAAUGUUUGUUUAAUAAAUACCAAACUAAGAGAAGAACUCAACAGGCAAUCUUUGAAAUGAAUUUUUCCUUUUACAAGACCACAUUGAAAGUGUUGGUUUGGUUUUGAACUCUUAAAAAAGGCUAUAAUGUACGUAUAUUCUUCGUUGAAGGAUCGAACUAAUAAAAAAUAUCAAAAGAUCUCUGACGUUUCGAGUGAAGACUCUAGAAAUGUUCAGACACUGAUUUAGAUCUUCAACCAUGCUCGUGAGUAUUGUUCAUUUCUACACUGAAACCCUACACUCAUGCAUUAUAGUCCCCUGCCUGCACUAUAAAGCCCGCUGUGAUUCAGGCUAACUUUUCUACCACUUCUUUAGACUCUCGGACGUAAUAAUAUAUCCAUAUACGCGAGAGUUGAUCCUAUUCUAUGUAUUACGAACCACCCGAAAUCAAUGUAGCUUUAUACAUGUGUGAUGUGGUUGUUAUAGAGGCAAUUAUAUAGGAAUUGGGCAUUACUAGUAAGUCUUGGAGGUUGGGUGUAUACGUAUAGCCUAAUGUCAUCAUGAGAUUACUCCAGGCCUAUAUAUACAUAAUACACAUUAUGAAAGUAUUAAGAUUUAAGACUUAUAUACUAAUAUAAAAUUAUAUGCAGAUCAGUAGAUGAGCAGAUCCAAGUCACUGAGCCAGUUCUGUGGUGAAUUGUGGUGAAUAUAAUUGCGUACUUGAGUCACAAUUAAUGCGCAUUAAAAGAUGUUUUAGUAAUUUAGAAAGGAUUCGAACCUUUGGAAUACCAGUCAGGUGCUUUACCGCUCUACGCUUCUUUCUGCCAACCCAGCGAGAUUUUCAGUAGCCAUAUAGACAACAUAGCCAUAGCAAGUAAAUUAUUUCCAUGAUAAUUUGUAUACUAGCCAAAACGUUACUAUACAGAGUGUAUUACAGACUAUUCAGUAAUUAAACACCUCUACUCUCUAUAGGAGUGUAUUAGGGCCUAUUAUAUCUUACCAGUUAUUAGACGUUCUUCAGGACUGGUGACAUUCUCAUUGAGUGCAGCCACAAUUCUUUUUUCAACAUUGAGUCUUUUGUCAAACUUUGAGUAUUCUUCAUGAGACGUAUCAUAUAGACAAGGCUCUCUUGCCCAUUCUGAUAUAAGUAAUUCCACUUGUCUGUCGCUCCAUUUAUACUUACUCUCAUUACACGUUGUUUUUAUUUUAACAUCUUCGAAGACAGCCGUCGGUUCAAUCGCUUUAUCACCUGACAUUUUGAUUUCUAAAGCUUAAACUCGAAUCAAAGUUCCUUUGAUCAAAGUAUACUUUGCAGUGUGUUUACACUAUCACACACAAUAAACAAAUACUGCGGCUUCUUUGAACUUUCUUGAUCAGUUUAAAAUAUGCACUUAUUUGGUCAAAGAAACUUUGAUACUGAAAGGCUCGUGAAAGAAAUCUUUGAGAUUUUUACGUUGAUAUAAGUAAUAUAUUCUUCGGCUUCUGAGUAGCUCGUAUAUUAAAUAUCAUGCAUAAGACAACGAAAGGUUUCUCUUAUAUAUGAAUACUGUUAUGAUAGAUAUAAGCUAUAAGCGUUAAGCUAAGUAAGCUAUAUAAGCGUAUUCUAAAAAUUAAUGCCCAUUCCCCGCCUAUAGUUCAUCACUUGAAAGUAUAUUGCCUGGUCACUAAGCAAGUAAAAUUUGUGUAUUAAACUACUUUGUAAAACUGCUGAUAAAACGUGUUCAUGCUCCAUUUGUACUUAUCCGGCACAAUGUUCAGUUGGCAAACUCGCUAUUGUAGUUGUAGUCUUACGGCUGAUUUCCACUGUUGCGUUUUUUUGCACGCACGUAUACGCACGUAAAACUUUGAAUUCUUCUAUUUUUUAAAUAUUUUACAAAUAAGUUAACAAAUGCAUCCUAAAACUUGCGGAACACUAAAUUCUGUUACUUUAUUUAUUUGGUUAUUUCAUAAGUAACAUUUAAACGGAUUUAAAGUUUUACGUGCGUAUACGUACGUAUGAAAAACGCAACAGUAGAAAUCAGCCUUUAGCAAAGAUUCAUUGAACAAAGAACCUCGCAAAGUCCAGUUCAAUUUAUGAAUGCAAAUUGUUUAACAGCUAGUGUAUUGUAAAAUUUGUGUAUUGUUAAACUACUUUGUAAAACUGCUGAUAAAACGUGUUCAGGCUCCAUUUGUACAAAUAAAUGUAUGAAUGCAAAUUGUUUAACAGUGUAUUGUUUUCUUGUCAAAGUUUCAUUAUGAGAGGUGACGCCAAACUGUUCAAGGAAACUUUGAUAAUGUAAAGCAACGUUAUUAGUAAUAAGUUGCAGUGCCAACGAAUGUGCGAGUUCAUUUGCUUGCGCCGAGUUAACUUGAUGAAGGCUCUUUUUCACUCGUCGCAUGCUGCAAGAGUCAACUCGCAAGGUCGCUGCGAGUGCUUUCAUCCAAUCACAAUGCUCAACAGUUUAGUUUAAUUAGAUGCAAGUGCUUAUAGCGAGCUUGCGAGUUGAUUUUUGCGAUGAGUGGACUAAGAGAUCGUCAUAAUCGGAAGAGACUAUAUCAAAGCCCUUUGUCAAUGAAUGUUUCAUUACUAGAGACAAAGGAUAUCAAAGUUCUUUGAAAGGCACAAUUUUUUUUAUGUGAUUACAGAAACCUUUAGUUUAAAAUGUAAAUUAGAUAGACUAUAUUGGAGUAGAUGGGUAAUCCAAUUGAAGCUAAAUAUACACUUUUUAUAUCGUCACUAUACUUGGAGUAUCCUCCAUUAUUCAGUUUCAGCCAAGUGAAGUGCAGGAAAAAACUUUCAAAGACUAUAGCAAUCGUCUAGCUUAGCUCAUGCUCGAUUUGAUCAAAAUGUUGGGUGAGAAGGGCACUCCCCCCCCACCCCGCAGGACGUCCCUGGUCACAUGUCUGCAUAAAUGGCGUGUACUAUAUGUUAAUUGUGACAUUUGCAUAUUUUGUAGAUAAAGUUGGGAAGGAAGGUAAAAAUGGAGAUGAUGAUGAUACAACAUCUGUGAUGAGUUUUGAAUCGUCUGUGGUAAGAUGUUUAAUACCAUGUUACCGUGCUGUUAGGUUGCAUUGUUUUAUAUUCGUACUUCGUAUUAUAUACGUCAAGUGGCUAAAACAAGAUUGUGUUUUUGAGCCGCUCUUGCGGGGUAAUAACGAAACCAGUUAUUUCCACGUAAUACUGUUAAUUAAAGUUACCAGACUGUGAUUGCGUCAACUAGUUGUACCAUGGAUUAUUAAUAGACUAUCAUAAUCCAUGGUUGUACUUUUUAAAAAGCAGAAGAAGAAAACUUCACACCAUGCAUGUGCAAUCGCGUGCAAAAAGUGAGAAAGGACUCCUUAUUGAUAUUUGUAGUGGACGGAUAUUGGUAACAAUAAAGAAUAAAAACUUUAAUAACAAUAAAAUUAUCAUAGGUGUACGGGAGGGAAAAAUUAAGGGGGCAGAAAGGUAAAAUAUUGUUCUGUCUUUGCCUCACAGCCUCGUCUUCAUGCGCUUUCUCACCAGCUCUUUAUCUUAUAUUUUUUUAGGCAGGACGACGUCUGUUAAUACAGCGAACAUUUAAAGAUGAAGAAGGAAGACAGUAUACACGUACAGAAGUUGUUAAAAAUCAGCCUGUCAUUGAUGCGUAUCUCAAAUAUAUUACCAAGGAUAAAAACUACAGGUAUAAAUAUAACCCAGUAAAUGUAAUACCUUGUGAAACGCAUUAAUAAUUCAUGAAGAAAUCAUGAGCGUGAAGGAGUUUGUAUAUAUCUGAUAUAAAUCAUGCUGAUUUACAUAAACUUUUAAGUUUAAUUGCUGAUUUACAUAAACUUUUAAGUUCAAUUUUCUCACCAAAUAUCAUUAAUUUAUUUUAUAUUGUUAAAGAAUACGAAUGUUCUCAUGAAGACGUUAUAUCCGUGAUAGACGCGUAUAUCCGAUAGAACAAGGCCGCUCAUAUUGUAAAUAGUACUUCAAAUACUUAUCUUCAUGUAUACAUUUUCAUUCAAGGGAAAACUUUGCGAGUCAAGACGAAGUUCACAAAGAAGAAAUUCGACGAGAAAGACGAAGGUUUGUAUUUAGUGUAACAUUAGGUAUAAUAGGUUUAGGUCAAGACUGUAUGUCCAUGACCCAGACCAUGCACUGAGUGUCUAACAUCGCUGAAGUAUAACAAGUGGUAGUGAAUCGUGCAUGUUUUUACAAUUCACAAUGAAGCAGAUAAACAUGGUAUAAAUUGGAGUCAUAGAAAGAAUAGAAUAUUAAGUGCUUCUUGAUACGAAUAGUAUCUCCACUUUUUUCGUGCGUUCUUGCCAAGCUGCGAAACGAGUUGUGGACAUUUUUGUGUUUCAGAAUCCAAGAACAACUACGAAGAAUCAAACGUAACCAGGAGAAAGAAAGAGAGAAGGCACUUCAACCAAAGAAAAAGAAAGAAAAAACUCCAAAUAAUGUACGAGCAACCACGAUUUCGUAUACUCAAACUAUUCCUAAUCUUUACUGGCGUAAAGCACCAAAGUUAUUUUGAUGUCGUUCGGGUCCAGAGAGAGGUUCACAUUUGACUUCUAUCACCACUAUCUCUCUCAAGGUUAAUACGCAUAAAUCGGGUACAUUAAUUGCAUCUGAUUGGUUGAUGGUAGCGGUAGUUGAAGUCAAAAUCUGAACCUCUGCAUGUAUUGAUAUAGUCUACACACGUAAAAACGCACAAGUUGUAACAAACCUGCAACAGAUUUGUAGCAAUGCUGUUCCAACAACUUGUCAACAGGGUGUGUUCACACUGCUUGUUGCCAGCUUGUUAACAAGUUGUCAACGGUUUGUUGACAACUUGCUACAAGGUUGAUAAACUCAACAGACUUGUUACAAGUUGUUCCAACAACUUGUAAUCGUCCUGGAAUUCAACAAGUUGUGAGUGGCAACCUUGUAGCAACUUGAUCACAACAUUGUUACAACUUGUUGACAAGGUUCCUACAAGCAUGUUGCGAACACAUCUUGUUGACAAGUUGUCAACGGUUUGUUGACAGCUUGCCACAAGGUUGAUGAACUCAACAGACUUGUUACAAGUUGUUCCAACAACUUGUAAUCGUCCUGGAAUUCAACAAGUUGUGAGUGGCAACCUUGUAGCAACUUGAUCACAACAUUGUUACAACUUGUUGACAAGGUUCCUACAAGCAUGUUGCGAACACAUCUUGUUGACAAGUUGUCAACGGUUUGUUGACAGCUUGCCACAAGGUUGAUGAACUCAACAGACUUGUUACAAGUUGUCCCAACAACUUGUAAUCGUCCUGGAAUUCAACAAGUUGUGAGUGGCAACCUUGUAGCAACUUGAUCACAACAUUGUUACAACUUGUUGACAAGGUUCCUACAAGCAUGUUGCGAACACAUCUUGUUGACAAGUUGUGACAUUUGUUACGUGUAUUGAUUGGCUUUACCAAUAUAAAUGUAUACCGUGUUGUUUUUCAACAGCUCAAAUGUGGUGCAUGUGGAGAAAUUGGUCACAUGAGAACAAAUAAGAAUUGUCCGCAGUACCAGGAAGUCCCGGGCACAACAGGCCCUAUCCAAGUGGCAAUGACGGAUGAACAAGUUGCAGAACAUGAAAUGAACAUGCCACAAGAUGACUUGGUCAAAGUCGAGGGGACAAAAAUUACCCUAGGAAAAGCUUUCCUUGAUCAGUAAGUUGCAUUGUUAGUGUGUCUUAUAAAACAACAAGUACUGCAAAGUGACGGCAAUGCCGAUUAGAGGUUUAUGACCUUUUGAGGGAUAAUUGUCAAAAACAAUGAAGCAUAAUUGUCAAAAUAUUUGCAUUGUCGUUCUGCUUGCGUAUAUACAUAUAAGGGGCGGACCAUCCAUUAGAAACGAGAAUGGGGAAGGGGGGGCUGAAAACAUCCAUGCAAGGAAAAAACGUUCUGAAAAUAAUGCAUACAGUCAGAAUGUGGCAGAAAAAAUUACAACACGAAAAAAAACAUGCACAUUAUUAAGCGAACCGUAAAAAUCCAUGCAUGGCAAAUUGUAAGUCUCGUAUUAUACUUCAUGGAGAUCUCUCUCCUAUAGAAGAUCCGGCCACGCUGGCUAGCUUGCAUAUGAAAUACUGCAUAUGCAUGUAUGUUUCUGGAAUGAAUACAAGUCAAUCUCCUUAAUUUACGAGCAAUAACUGCUUUGGAUCAAUCAUUGCCUUCAUUAUUGAUGUUCCUCAACUUUAAAAAACUUAUUUUCAGCUUCUUUUUUCAAUGUUGCCGUCAGUUAAUAUCUUUCAUUAUUUUAGUGCCAACGACCUGAAACGUAGAUCCAUGGUACUGCGAAUUCCUAAAGAGUUAGGUAAAUGAUGCAGAAUUUUAGUUUUCUAAUAAUGAGAAAGGAUAUAGGUAAACUUUAUAUAUAGUUAAACUUUAUUUUUAGAGUUUUCUUUUUUCGAGAUUAUAAAGGUAGAUAAGUUGCAUGAGGUCAUUAGCGGCCUAUGACGUCUGCAUAGAUUCAGGUCAGUUACAUUAUAUGAUUAUAAGGCUUGGUUCCAAAUUAUUUUUAAAAUACAUUUCGACUCAUCUAUUUUUGCCAACCCUCUAAAUAAAUGGUUUUGCUAAGGAGGGAAAGUGAGUUCUAAACUAAAACUACUAAGUUGACGUAAUUUAUCGUGUAUACCAAUGUAUAUCGAUGAAAGUCCCCUUUGACGAGACUAUGCCCCUUGCCCUAGCUUCCAUCAGUGUCUCUACAUGUGUUCACUAUAUCAGAUCUGUGAUCUAUAUCAUAUGUUUUUAGUCAAGAAACGCAGAAGAUCUGGUUUAAUGCAUUGUGACUACUUAACGGUAGGAGAGUGGCAAUGACUUUAUAUAUUUUUAUAUAUACACAGGUUCAUGCAUAGCGGUCUUUGAAAUCCUUGAAAUUUGAAUGCAGGUCUUUAAGGUCUUUGAAAAGUCUUUGAAUUGUGUCAAAAAGCGAAGAAAGUCUUUAAAAGUCCUUAAAUUCUUUAGUGAGUGUUUGAUUAUACGAUUUUCUAGCUAAUAAAGUAGAUUGAUUGAAGCAAGAUUUUCGCAAACAUCGAUGAAAAGGUGCAUUUUAGGAUGUGAUUUGACGGGACUAAUUACUGGGUAAAAAUGGUGCUUACACUCGCAAUUUUUCGACAGCUGAUUGCUCUCAAAGGUCUUUGAAAAGUCUUUGAAAAUAGGCAGAAAAAAUCUUUGAAAGUCUUUGAAUUUUUUUGGUCUUGGAGACUACGAACCCCGAUACAUAUUCUAUAUAUUUUCAUCAUUCCGUGAUUUUAGAACUUUAAACCGACUAUCAUAUUUUGGUCAAUUUGUAGAAACGGCAUAAACAAACUAACAGACGAAGGACCAACCCUGUGGUAAGUACCAGAAUAUGUUAGUAUAGGUAAGCAUGCGAUGGCGAGUACAAUUAGGGAUUAAUAGUACGAGUGAUGUUUGGAAAUUUUGCCAAAAUUGGACGAGCCGCCGGGGCGAGUCCAAUUUGGCAAAUUUCCAAACAUCACGAGUACUAUUAAUCCCUAAUUGUACGAGCAACAUUGCAUGAUUACUUGUUUAUUAUUAGCAUGACAAAAUUGGAUACGUACUUCUCAAUGUCAACAUCAUAUUCUCUCGCUAAAGCCCAGUCCUGCCAGACUUUCAACCAAAAUUUGGUGCUUUUGUUCAUAUUUUAUUUAGUUCUUUUAUUAAAGCAAAAUUUGGUGCUUUUGUUCGUAUUUUCAUCUACUUCCUCUAGGGCAAUUUCAUUUCACAUUUGUGUAAAUUAACAUACCUUUCCGCCGUUUUGUUUGUUUUGGGUAAAUCAUUAAUUGUACUGCAGUACAAUUAAUGAAAUAACUGUACUCCUCUCAACCAAUCAGCAUCCAGUAAUUUUGUCAUGCUAAUAAUAAAUUGUUAACUACGGUAGUUUUCAUUUUUGAUACAAAACUUUCAAAAAUUAUACUAUAAUAAUUGGAAAUUUUGAGAAUUGUGAAACCUGCCAGGUUUGGGCUCAGCAAAUCUAAAAAAAAUAAAGCACCAUCACGCUUAAAGCCCUGUAUUUUGCUGUCAGUAUAAGCCCUUCUUUCGCAUCAAUCAACAUUUCCUUUGUCGGGUUUUUUCUUGUGUUUACAUGACAUGACGGCUGUGCUGACAAAAAAAAGUCAAAUCGCGCACGAAAAGUUAAUUAAUUAGUGAAAAUAUUUCGGAAAGUGCAUUUCGGUUCUUUGAUAAAAAUCUCAACCUAACAGUUUUGCAAAAUACAGGAUACAGACCUCCUGCAGAACGUAACGUAGGUGGUGUUUGUUUCUAGGUAGUUUUGCAACUCAUACUAGAAAAUAUUUCCACAAAAUUGAAGGAAAUCAAAGAGGUAAAUAUAAUUACGUAAAGUAUGACCCGCCCAGACAAAAUGUGAAUAAGUAAGCAAUAUACUCUAUCCUCCGCAGAGGCGUUUUAAAUAAUUUGCCACGCGGGCUAUAUAUGCCCGUAAAAUAUGAGGCAUGUAGGUAAUUGAGUAAGUAUCUGAGCUGUAUCUGUUUAACAAGGUGAGCCGUAUUAAACCAGAUACAAAUCGGAUGCAUGUGAAUGCGUUAUAUAUUAAUUUUUCUUUGUAAUUUAUUAUUGAGUUUUUAAUUAUAUUUUCCAUUCAUUUUAGAGCCGUCCUUUUCAUACACCAGUCUCAAUUCGUACAGUUCCAGAUUAUUACAAAAUUGUUAUGAAUCCUAUGGAUUUGCAAACCAUUAAGGAGGUCAGUUUAUGAAGCACAGCAGUUUUUAUGUUCAUGAUUUAUAAAUUAAUAAAAUUUACACAACUCUAUAAGAUGUUUUUUUCAAAGACCUUCUAUUGUUCGUAUAUUUCGACAACUACAAAUUGAUGAACAUGACAUUGAAACUGAUCAAUAAAAGUGGAUAUCUCAAUGUCAUACUGUAGAGAGGUACCCCAAAAGAGAAGUAAAUAGACCUUAUGCAUAAUGACGUCACAAGGCUUCCCUGCAGCUGGCAGAGGUCUCUAUUUGUGCUGGGAAGCGAAGGAGAAGAGACCUCUGCCUAGAUCUGACUCGUUUUCUGUCGCGCAUGUGCAAAAAUUGCCAUGACAACGAGUGAUGUUCACCACGUGAUAUCAAACCGGUUUUUGCGGGAGCAACUUGGUAAUUCAAAGACUUGCCGUAGUUUGAAGGCAAACUGGCAAACAAAUGUAUCUCGGCCCGAUAAAACAGAAAAGAUUGCUUUCUUUUGUUCUUCUGUCACUGCUUUCACAGUUUCGUCUUUGAAAAUAUCAAUUACAUAACAUUGGGCACUUUCAAACAACAUGAAAAACCUCGAAAUGACAACGCUGUGCAAGCCGCCAUUUUGACACUACGGGCUCAAUGUCAUUACAGCGUAAUUCAGCUCUGAGAAUGCGUACUAUUUGUUUCUCUAAACCGGUUUCAGAACUUGUUUUACAAACUGGUUUAACUCGUCCAUGAUCAUGGACUGAGGAAGUGUCAGAUCUAGGCAGAGGUCUCUUCUCCUUCGCUUUCCAGCACAAAUAGAGAUCUCUGUCAACAGGGAAUCACAAGGCUUGAUGCCCGCGAAGAAUUCUGGUCUUAGUAGUCAUCGCCCGGGAAAAUUUCGAUAGUGCAUGACCAUUUUGAAUUGUUUAAUUUUCCCGCACGAUGACUACUAAGACCAGCAUUCCUCGCGGGCAUCAAGCCUUGUGACGUCAUUAUGCAUAAGGUCUAUUGAUGGAGUUUCAACUUAAAAAAUCCCGUGACACGACCCCUUCUGUCCAUCGUCUUUUAAAUAUUUUUUGUAAUGAUGUUUGAAGUGCUUUGACUUAUUUCCCAUAUAGAAUAUACGCAAAGGUCUCUAUCGCUCUCGUGAAGAAUUCCUGCAAGAUACAAAUUUACUGUAUUCAAAUUGCGUUUUAUAUAAUGGUAAGAGUUGCGCAAUACCAGUUCUAUUUACCCCCCCCUCCCUUCUAAUUGAGUAGUGGCAUGAAAAUGUGAGGAAGACUUGUGACUGCACAACAGCGGUUUGCAAGUAAGCUCCAGCAGUGACGGAAACUUCGCGAAAUAUUUUGGGUGGUGGGUGCAUUAGGUUGCCAACAUAUGACCCACUUUUUGUACCUGGAAGUCUUGGUUAUUUAAAUUUUGCCUUGAAUUUCACGCAAUGAAUAACUUCAUUUAUGGCCUACAAAUGUUUCCAUGGUUAAACAAUUAUUAUUGCAGCCUUGUUACACAGUUAUUCAGUUAUCACUCAGAAAAGGCUUUCAGAAAUUACUGGGAGGCGGUUGCUCCGGCCUCUUAUGCUCUUUUCUUGCGUUGAUAUAUCUGUAUUAUUAAGGAGACAAACAUUCCCUGACAGAAGUUGCGAAGAAAAUCACCGACCUGGCGAAACAGAUGAUUGAUGAGGUAUUGAAUGUGAAUAUAUGAAUAAUACGUUGAAAAUAAAACGUUGACCUGGGCUUGGCAAGUUGUAAUGAAGUGUUAACUUAUUUUUUCAGAAAGAGGAAGAAAUUACACAAAUUGAGAAAGAUAUCAAUCCAUUACUAAGUGACGAUCCUCAGGUAAUUUUGGUCUAUUAAGAAAGUCAGCUCCGUGUCUUUUGUGCGUUCUUCCAUUACAUUGUGCAUAUUCACCCAUUCCUGUUUGUCACUAUCGUAUAAUUUGUGCACCUUAAUGUUUUAUUUGUUUUUGUAUAGACGGGAUUUUCUUGGAUGCUAGAGAACGUCAUAAUGCAUAUCAAAGCUUCUGCUGAUGUAAGAUUCGAAACUCUUUACUAUAUAAUAGACGUCGAGUAUAAUAAACGAGAAAGCGUUUAUUACCGGCGUAUAAAAUACCGAAAUACCGGUAAUAAACAGUUUUCGAGUUUGCUUCUUCUCAAACAGACUUAAAGAGAAACUGAAGACUAUAGUUGAUAUGAAGACAACGAGACGGUACUUGCACAGAGUAGGUACAUAUACAGAGGUCUCACUUCUGCGGGAAAACCGUAAGGUAGUUUUUACUGCGCAUAUCUGGCGGUCAUGUUCUUAGCAAGUGCCUUAAAAAUAGGCAUUGACCCCCCCCCCCCCUGGAACAUUAAAUUUCAAUAUGUUCCCAGGGGUGACGACCUCUCUCUAGGGCACUUGCUAUAAGAACAUGGCGGACUGAAAAAAUCCCUUACACUAAAUUAACCUAAAGUGAUACCUCUGUAUGUACUUACUCUGUGGUGCUGGUUCUCUUGCGUUUUGCACAUGAAUUAUUAAUUCAUUGAAAAGUAGUGCUAAUGUAAUACUGUAGGACGUGUGAUCAAACACGAACAAAAAGAAAUUAAGGCUAAAAAAUAAGCUUUCGUUUUCAUGACAUUGAGUAAAUGUGUUGAUGAUACGACAGCUUUACAAAUGUAAAUUUUCACGUUACAGUACAUGCUCUUUUAUUUUAUGUACGGUAAAAAAGGCUUUUUGCACUGUAUUACAAGUAUAUGUAUGUUUAACCUCUCACAAAUCAGCGAGAAGCGUCCCAGGCCGUAGUUGACCCAGAUCACCUCACGGUUGGUAUGAUCGUGAUUGCGACUGUUGUAUUUGAAUAGUUUAUAUUUAUGUCCAUCAUCAUAUUUUUCUAGACUUGGCCGUUUCAUCGAGCAGUCAGUGCUAAGAAUGUUCCAGAUUAUUACGAGAUUGUUAAACAAGCAAUGGAUUUAGAGAAACUGCGUAGUGUACGUAUAUAUUUUGACACCCAGCUCCAAAUAGACCAUAUUGAGAAUGCACAUUUUUCAGCCGAAGCAUUGCCUUGCAACGCAUGCGGUCAUGCAUACCAUCAUGAAAUCCUGGUCGAUCGUUUUAUAACAAACAUAUUUGCAGGGAGGUGCGUCCAAUCCCGGACUCACCGAACCUGCAAGUAUGUUUGGUUUUUAUCACAUACCAUUUCGGUAAAAUACUAAAAAGUACUGAAGAAUUUUAUACGCAUUUUAGUUUUUAGUAUAUAAUUUCGUAAUUGGAUAACGAACAUUUUAGCCGCCAACAUACUACGCAAACGAACAAACUUAGGCUUAAAUUAAGGCUAAAAAAAUUCUCUACAAUAUUCCCUUAUUCUUGAAAAGAGAAAAUGAACACAUUCUGCGAAAACAAUGCCAGGAUUCAUAUAAACCUGCCCGUGCCGAACAAAUUUCGGCGGCCAUCUUUCUUCUCUUCCACUUUGAAUACAGAAUAUUCCAUUUUCAUCAAACAAUAAAAGAUAUAUAAUAAUUAUAAAACAAUUAAAAACAGUUAAUUUAUUUUUUAUUUAAAUCUUCGUCUGAAAUUUGUUCAAAUCGCUUCAAAAUGGCCGCCGCCGAAACAUCGAUCUCGAACCUAUAUCUAUGUCUCGAACCCACCUCCUAAACAUACGUCAGCAGGUGGGUUCUAUAACAAACGUACUUGCAGGGAGGUGAGUCCGGGAUUGGACGCACCGAGGGUGGCUGGAAGUUUCCCGAACUUACCGAGCGAAGCGAGGUGAGUUCGGGAAACUUCCAGCCACCCGAGGUGCGUCCAAUCCCGGCCUCACCGAACCUGCAAGUACGUUUGGUUUUUAUCCCAUACACCGAGCCAUACACACAUUUGUAGCUCUUCGCGAUAUAUUCGUCGAUGUUUUGUGAACAUUUUCCCGGCCAAAAAAAUCACUGGGCAAGAAAAUACUUCUUUAUCUACGUCUACAUUACCUUUACUGCAUUUUUUCUCUGGUUUUUCUUCAGUCUCAGUAUGUUAGUCACCGAAAAAAGUUCUUUAAAGUUUAGGUUUAUCGGCUAAAUCUUGUCCGCCAUAUUUGUUAUUGUUAUUGCAACGUAAGCAGUUUAGCGGGUGAGUUCGGCAAAAAGCAGGUGAGCUCGACGAUAAGCUCACCUGCUCUAAACCAAUCAGAAAGCCGCUUUUAACACAGGUAUGGGAUAAGAAAUUGAACGCACCUCCUCGUAGCCAAUAGGAAAGCCGCUAAUACGCUAGGUAUGGGAUAAGAAAGGAAAUUGAUCAAUCGUAAAGCUUGUAUAUGAGGCAUGUGCAUGUUUCAUAUAGGUCAACCUUUGCUAGUUGAAGGGUCUUGAAAUUAUCGAGUGGAAAUUUAUAUACAUUUAUUAUAGACCUAACCAGGAACAGCUGCGUCCUUCCCGACCACAGCGAGGCCCUGGGGAUGAGAUUGUCGUUGUUAUACAAUUAAACAUAAUUUAAGCAGUCAUAUUAUUUUACAAACAAACGUAAUCAAUCCAUAGAUACCUUAUAUCUAUGAAUCAAUCUUAAUCAUUUGGGCAAGGUUGCUAUUUUUUACCUUUCCUAUGUUUUCUGCUUUCAGAGGGUAUUGGAUCAUUUCUAUAGAAAUAGAGAAGAAUUUAUGGCAGAUGUGAAUCUUAUUUUAAAUAACUGCAUUUUAUACAAUGGUAAGUCGCUCAUGGGUUAUCGAAAUAUUAACCAGAACUACAAAGCUGUGUAAUAUAUAUGUUUCCUGUUAGUUUCAAACGUUUCAAUUUUAUUCAGGGGACGAACAUCCGUUUUCUUCAACAUGUCGCAAUAUGGUUAAGAAAUGUGAGGAGUUGUUAAAAGAGGUAAAAACUAUGCAAAGUUGUUUUAUGAAAAUGUAUAUAGAUCGAUUCGAAAAAUGGUUGUCAUGCUUUUUUCUUCCGAAAAUACUAAUUCCAAACCAAGAUAAUCACUGCCGCCUUAUAUAAUAAUACUUGAAGACUUUGGCCGUUUGGGUUACACAAAGUAUAAAUAUAAUACCAUGUAUUCUCUUUGAGAAAUUAAAUGUUAAAAAAAAUUACAUUUAGCAAACAAGCAUGACUAGCUUCGUUUUGGUGCUUUUUGCACAUUUCAAAGGCUAUAGCCUAUAAUUUCGCUUGCGACGUUGCGUGGAUUAUCUUCAAUCUUAUUAAACACUUUGUCUUAAAUAGCAGUCUCUGUUGAAAAAUUGUUUAUUAGCCUGGUAAAACAAUGCAAAAUUGUGGCGGUUAGUUUUCGAAUUGGUCAAUACGUUGAGUGUUUCAAUGAGAGGUCUGACAGAAGACGAGGGAUUUGAUAUCGAGUCUUUUGUGUGUGUGGCACAGAACAAAAAAGUUUAUUUGCUUGGGAAGACAGGCCUAGUGACAAACGGUAACCAUUCUGUCGUGCCACUUUGCAACUUCUUUUAUUCUCCCAAACUGAAUGUUGGUAUCGCAAUGCUACUUUGCGUCCGUUGUUAGAUCCCUAAAAUUAGGCCAACAUAACUCACAUAAGCUAGGAACGACCUUUUUGGACAUCUAGUGAAUAGGUAGCAUAGUUUAGACAAAAAGAAUAGAGCUAUCCAAGUUUAGACUACUUAAAAGAAAAAACUGUAAGUAUUAUAUCCAAUCAUAUAUGUUAUACUUUUUGCAUGUUCUGUAUUCCAAUUAAUGAUCAAAUCGAAUCUUCUAUGUCAUAGAGUGCAGAUCAAUUUGCGAAACUGGAGGAAAACAUUGCAACGAAUCCAUACUAUGAUGAGAUCGACAGUGAAAGUAGAUCAUCUUACGUAGCGAGUCAACCUCCAUCCGAGAGUGGAGAGAUAUUUAAUGAAAACAGUUUAGAUGAAUUUCCAAGCAGUGUUCUUAUGGAGGAAACUAUGGAUAGUGUUUAUACGAAUGAAGAUAACAGUAACCAAAGUUGUGAUCAGGUAUUCAGUGCGGCGAAAUCAGAACGAGGUAAGAUGUGUAUAAAAUAUAGCCUAUGUAACCAUCUGUACCCUGCAUGUAAGGAUAGGCGCCUCCAAGUCCUUGGCGUGUGAUGUUUAGUUCUUGCAAGAAAACUCGAUAACUCAAUGACAGUCGAAUGCCCAAAACUGAAUAAAAGCCUAACAGUAUAAAAAUUUCCUUUCGACCGAUUUACAGUACAGAACUUUUGCCUAUGCAGCCUGCUUACAACUGGGGUUGUACUGUGCCAAUCAAGAUCACAACUCACUUACACUGAUCUGUAUACACUAAGUGCUCACUUACGACAAUGUAGGCGACUUGUGUGCUUGAUUUACAGAGUACAACUCAAGUUGCAUGCAGGUUGCAUGCGACAAUUUUAGGCAAAAGUUGUGUAGUGUAAAUCGGCCUUAUGGUGUACUGGAUUACUUGCCAAUAUCCGUAUGUCCACCCAAUGCGGCGGCUCUCUGAUUGUUCUCUGUUCUCUGAUUGUUAUCAGCCAGGUCAGGUAUGGCACCAUGUUUCAAUAGUAACGUCACUGUGUCUGAUGAACCACAUCUUUCUUGCUGCUGCUCUCAAUGGUGUACAACUAUUGGAGUCACGAGUGUUUAUUUCAGCACCACAGUUUAUUAGAUCAUGAACUAUCUUGACAUGACCCUCAACUUGCAACACUCAAUGCUGUCUUACCACUUCUGUCGAUAAAAUUUACAUCUGCACCAUUUCUCGAGGAGAGAAUGUACUUUUUUACAUGCGACAAUUUUAGGCAAAAGUUGUGUAGUGUAAAUCGGCCUUUUGGUAACAAACAUUUUUAUGUGUACAGUGGAACCUCUAUUAAGCGGCCACAAAGCUGAUUCCCGAGGUGGCCGCUUAAUAGAGGUUCGACUGUAUGAGGAAUUCUUACAUACGGCAGUUUACGCUUUUUAUACCAUGCUUUUCAUAAGCAAGAACCAAAAGUCUUGUUUUCUUAUUAUGAAGACCAUUAUUAAGGGACCAUUAACCAAUCAGAUGCGUUUGAUAUAUCCGACUAACCAAUCAGAUGCAUGCUAAGCCAGUGAGAGGUAGUGGUAGUGGAAGUCAAAUCUGAACCUCGUACUCCUCCUUCUAGUUCAUAUGAAGUCAGCUGAUGAUGAUAUGGACGUUGAUGUGGUGGGGUCUGGGGAAGAAUCAUUAAAUCAAAGUAAUGUCACUACUGAUGAGUUAGAUAAAGACAUUGCAGCUGUUGUUCCUGCUGCUGGUGAAAACAGUUUAACAUUAGAGAAAUUACUUCAAGAUCUUGAAACAUCGCCUCAACAUGACGAGAGUGAUGAAAGUGGUGAUGACGACUUUCCAUUUGAUGAUGGCGACGAUGAUGACGUAGAAGACGAGGAGGAGCCUGGGGACGAGGAAAGACUAGACGAGACUAUUGAGGAUAUCGAGGAUAAUGGAGAAGAUACAUCUAGGGACACAACAGAAUAAAUGUACCACGAUUUAUAUUGUAAAUAUAGUACCUAAGUUAAAUACAACUGAACAUGACGUAACGAUAAUUUUUUG